UUAUUACUUGUUUAAACGUUACAUAUAAAUCAAUCAAUCAAAACAGGAGGAAAAAAUUUAACAAAAUUAUUUUAAACAAAAAAAAAAAUACUUUUUGAUUAAUCAAACAAAUUUAUAAUACAAAUUUUAACUCAAAUAAUAGUAUUCCAUACGUCAUGAGUGAAGAAACGCCUGAAAUUGAAGCAGUUGUCGUAGCAAUCGUCGAGUUGCCCAAGCUACCAACAACAUCAAUGGGCGAGUUGCCCAAGCAACCAACAACAUCAAUUGAUCCGGAACGAAUUCAAGAGCUGCAAGAUAUAGCGAAUCGUUUGCGUUUACACGCAAUUCGGGCAACACAGGCAUCCAAAUCAGGCCAUCCCACAUCGUGCUCAUCGAUAGCCGAUAUACUUGCAGUAUUGUUUUUUAAAGUAAUGCGUUUGGACAUUCAAGAACCACGCAAUCCGGCUAGUGAUCGACUCAUACUCUCGAAAGGGCAUGCUGCGCCUAUACUCUAUGCGGCAUGGGCGGAAGCUGGACUCUUUCCUACCGAUGAACUGCUAAAUCUACGUAAAUUUGAUUCCGACCUUGAGGGGCAUCCUACACCGCGUUUAAAUUUUAUUGAUGUUGGCACCGGCUCUUUGGGUCAAGGUGUAGCGGUGGCAUCGGGUAUGGCAUAUGUUGGCAAGAAUAUUGAUAAAAGCGAUUAUAGGAUAUACUGUAUCGUCGGUGAUGGUGAAUCGGCAGAGGGUUCAAUAUGGGAGUCUUUAAAUUUUGCCAGUUUUUAUGAUUUAGAUAAUCUUUGUGUGAUAUUUGAUGUCAAUCGCUUAGGUCAAUCUGAUCCGACACAGCUACAACACAAUAUGGAAGUGUAUGAAAAACGUUUGGAUGCAUUCGGUUUCAAUGCAAUUGUUGUGGACGGUCACAAUAUUGAAGAACUGAUAAAUGCCUUUGAAAAGGCAGCCAGUACUAAAGGCAAGCCGACGGCCGUCAUUGCGAAAACAUUUAAAGGUAAAGGAUUUCCCGGAAUUGAAGAUGAAGAGAAUUGGCAUGGUAAACCGUUGGGUGAUAAGGCAUGUGAAGUUAUAAGAAAACUAGAAUACGCGAUUGUCAAUCGUGCACCAUGCCCAGUGUCGUUAACACCAAAAUCUAAUGAUGGCAUGACAGUACCUGAGGUCAAUAUAAAUAAUAUCAAACUGUGCUGCGCACCAGAAUACACACUGGGCGAACAAGUGGCAACACGUGUCGCCUAUGGUAAAGCGCUGGCCAAAAUGGCAGCUGUCUGUGAUCGUGUUAUUGCAUUGGAUGGCGAUACAAAGAACUCCACUUAUUCGGAGAAACUGAAACAAGAAUUUCCUGAUCGUUUCAUCGAAUGUUACAUAGCAGAGCAAAAUCUGGUUGGGGUAGCCAUUGGUGCCACGUGCCGUAAUCGCACAAUCGCUUUUGCGUCCACCUUUGCCGCAUUCCUAACACGAGCUUUCGAUCAACUUCGCAUGGGUGCUAUCUCACAGACUAACGCCAAUUUCUGUGGUUCGCAUUGUGGCGUAAGUAUCGGCGAGGACGGGCCCUCACAAAUGGCUCUCGAGGAUAUUGCCAUGUUUCGUGCAAUACCAGGUAGCACCGUAUUCUAUCCAUCGGAUGCGGUCAGCUGUGAACGCGCCGUGGAAUUGGCGGCAAAUACGCCAGGUAUCUGCUUCAUACGCACCUCCAGACCAAGUACAGCUGUUAUUUACAAAAACGAGGAGGUGUUCCAAGUGGGCAUUGGUAAAGUGAUAAAACAAUCACGCAAGGAUAAAGUGCUACUAGUCGGUGCGGGUGUAACGCUAUAUGAAUGUCUCUCUGCCGCCGCAGAUCUGGAGAAGGUUGGCGUAAAAGUACGUGUUAUUGAUCCUUUCACUAUAAAACCGCUAGAUGCCGGACUGAUAAUGGCAAAUGCACGUGCAUGUGGUGGGCGCAUCAUUGUGGUUGAGGAUCACUACCAAGAAGGCGGUCUGGGUGAGGCUGUACUAAGUGCGCUUGCUAUGGAACGCAAUGUGGAGGUGAAGCAUUUACAUGUACCGCAUGUGCCACGCUCUGGUCCACCAGUGGUGCUCAUAGAUAAAUUUGGCAUUUCAGCGCGUCACAUUAUAGAGGCGGUGUCCAAUUUUAUGGAAUGCAGAUGUACAAAAAAUCUCGACGAUUAGAAACAAGUUCUUACCAAAAUUCCGGUUCCAAUAUUUUUCGUUUUGUUUUAAAUGUUUCAAAAAACUGUAAUUUGCAAUGGCUUUUAAAAAUUUUUACAAAAAUUUUAAAUUCUUAGUUGAAAUACAGUUUAUAAUUAAGUUUACGAGCUUAAAUUCAUAGAUUAUAUAAAUAUAAAUGUGCUUAAAAAUGUAUCACUAUUUAAAUAUUAGCAAGUACUUGUGUUUGAACAAAUAAAAUUGAAAUUAACGGAA